AUGCCGAUCAUCCUUUACGUUAAUGGCGACUAUUUUGGCACUUUUUUUCAGGAUGUUCAUGAGAAAAUCGAAAAUGGCAAAAUUAGACUGAUUCCGGUGGCGAUUCUGGGCGAAACGUAUGGAAGCAACAGCAACUACGAGUUUGCGCCCAAUUUCCGGAACCCGACAUGGGUAUCGAAGAAGAAAUCAGAAGCGGACUGGACGAAGCUCGGCUGGACGUGGGGUUGA